AUUAAAAAAAAGUUAAAAAAAUAACAACUUAAUAUAUAUGAAGUAGAGACAAUUUAACAAAAAGGUGAAAAAGUAAAAUCAGGAAAAUGACAGAAAACAAAUUUUUUUGGCAAGUCUGGCAGAUAUUUAAAUCUUCAAUAAACAAUUUCAUAGAUACUAUAAAAGGAAUGUAUUCUCAAGAGAAUAAGAUGGACACUCCACUGUAUAAAGCAGUCCAUUCUGGCGAUUUCGACCUAGUUCAAUCUUUGAUUGACGACAUAUCCCUAGAUGAAAGAAUUAAAAAGAGAUCAUUAAUGCACACAGCGGCAGCAAGAGGACACGCGGAAAUUAUUAACUUACUUGUCGAGCAAAAUUUUCCUUUCAACGAAAGAGAUGAAGCGGGCAACACUCCUUUACAUCUAGCGAUAAGUUUCAAUCAUCUAAGUGUGUUUGAGGUACUUGUUCAAAAAUGUGAUUUAAACGCAACAAAUUUUAAAGGCGAAACUCCCCUUCUUCUUGCCACAAUGAAGAAACAAAUUCAAUUAGUAGAGAAACUUGUGACCAAUGGUGCCGAUGUCAACAUACAGGAUAACGAAGAAAAAACGCCACUUUACAUUGCCACGUCCACAAAUAAUAUUGAACUUGUCGAAGUACUUUUAAAAAAUGGUGCUGCACUAUCUGAAGCAAAUAGACAAAAUAAAGAUCUUAAAUUAAUGUUUAAACCACUUUUUAAAGCUGUUGCAAAUAGGAAUUUCAAAAUUAUUAAAUUACUAAUGCUCCAUGGGAUUCACGCAAUUGAUGUUUCAUAUUGUUAUGAAACUUCCUUAUCCAUUGCUGUUGUACAAAAUAAUUUAGAAAUCUUGAAAUAUUUAGUGGAUCACGGCUCAAUAAGUAUGCCAGAAACGGAAGAAUUUAGAAUAUAUCCAAUAUGCAGAAGAGAAUUCCGUAAUUUUUUACAUUCACAAAUAUUACUUGAAUUGUCACUUGAUUGCGGACAUCUGGAAAUAUGGAAAUACCUAUUAAAAUGCAGUUCAAAAAUUGAUGCUUCAGGUAAUUCUAAGCUUCAUUCAGCAGUGCGAGAGGGUCAAGUGGCAACUGUUAAGGAGAUCAUAAAACAAGAAGCUUUUAAUUUUCAUAAAGACUCUAUUGCUAACAGAUUAGCCGUUUACGUUGCAGUGGAAAAUGGAAAUGAAGAAAUUUUGAAAAUCCUUCUGAAUGCCGGUUAUUCUUUUCAAAUUUUCAAAAAUAGAAGUCCUCUCCACGUUGCUGCAACUUUCAAUCACACAAGACUAGUCGAAAUGCUAUUAAACGCCGGUGGUGAUUUAAAUUUAAAGACCGAUGACGGUGAGACUUUGUUACAUUUCGCAGCAGCAGCUGGACAACCAACGAUGGUUAAAUUUCUUCUUAAAGCUGGUAUUGAUAUUAAGGCUGCUACUAAAUAUAAAUAUAAAUCAGCAUUGCAUUAUGCACUACGAAGAGAUAAUGAGAAUGAAGAGUAUUGGACUUUUACACCUAAUGAGUAUCAAAACAUCUUGAACAUUGUGAAAAUGUUAGUUCCCAAAAUUAGUAAAUAUCUUGAAAUCUACGAUUUUAAUAAAUAUUUAUUACAUAUAAAUAAAAUAAGAGUGUCCGAACAAAAGCCUUCAGCUAGUUCAAAGAUACAUGAAGAAACGUUGAAUUGCAACCAAAUACAUAAAGUAUUUGAGAAGAAUACAAAGAAUCAAGAAUUUAGAACUGAAAUUCUUCUGUACUGCCUUAAUUACAUGAAUCAUAGUCAAAUCCAAGUAUUUUUAAAAUUGGCAACUGAAUAUUCUCAUUGUCUUUCUUCUGAUUUCAUACACACUAUUUUUGAAUACAAUGACUAUAAACUGACCUUGAAUGAUAUUAGUUACUUGAAUACAACAGAUUAUAACAGUUAUUUACUUAUACUGUGGCAGAUGAGAAGUUCUGACAUGUUUUAUAAUUUCCAUAACUUAGUGAUAUAUAGAACAGAAUUUUUAAAAGAACAAAAAUUUAAAAACGAUUCUCUUGAUCGUUUAAAAUUGCUUGCUGCACAUUUAGUUUUGAUAUCCAAUAAUUCUUAUUCAGACGAUGAAGUCGAAUUUUUCAACAAUUUAGGAAUUGAAUGGCGCAGCGAAUGUGAGCAGCAAAUAGAAAACAUGAAAAAAAUAGAAGUGGUCAGUGACUGUAAGAUAACUUUCUACGACGUUUUAACAAAACCAGUGAAUAAACUUGCGAUUUACGUAAAAGACGAGCAUUUCCUGCACAAGCUAGAAUCAUCCUACAAGCGAUUUUCAGCUUAUGCUGAAUUUUUAAAGUUAAAUGUCGAGAUUGGUAAACGUAGAAGAGACUUAAUUGAAGAUUGCAUGAAUUUGAUGUUUAAUCUGAUUGAGAGAAAUUAUAAAAUUCAAUUUACAACUAUAGACAUCCUUAAGAUUUUUCAAUAUCUUUCAGCAGCUGAUCUACAUCGAUUAUUAGCUGCAUUAAUGUCUUCUGAUGAAGAGGAUUUUCAAGGCUUCGAUUAUGUUGAUAAUGAUGACUAUAGUGACUAUGAAGACUAUGAACUGGAUGAAGUCGGCAAAUACGAUUUACCCGCGCUGAACACUUCACUGUACAAAGCUGUCCAUUCUGGCGAUUUGGAACUUGUUCUCUCUUUAAUUGGCGACAUUUCCGAAGAGGAGAGAAACAAAGUACCGUAUUUAAUGCACACAGCGGCAGCAAGAGGACACGCGAAAAUUGUUACCUUACUUGUCGAGCUCAAUUUCCCUUUCAACGAAGGAGAUGAAGAGGGGAAUACUCCUUUGCAUUUAACGAUAAGUUACAAUCAUCCUGAAGUGUUUGAUGUACUUGUGCAGAAAAGUGAUUUGAAUGCAAAAAAUUUUAAAGGCGAAAGUCCUCUUCAUCUUGCAGUAGAUAAUGAUCACAUCCGAUUUGCAGAAAUUCUCUUAGCAAAUGGUGCAAAUGUUAAUAUUCAAGAUGAAUCUGAAAAAACGCCACUUUGCAUUGCCACGUGCAGAAAUAAUAUUCAACUUGUCGAAAUUCUUUUAAAAAAUGGUGCUGGACUAUCUGAAGCAAAUAAAGAAGCUAAGGAUCUUCAAUUAAUGUUUAAACCUCUUUUUAAUGCUGUUCAAAAUAACAAUUUAAAAAUGGUGAAGUUAUUAAUGCAAAACGGAUUUAUCGCAAUUGAUGUUCAAUAUGAUGUCGAUACUUCCUUAUCUUGUGCUGAACAACAAAAUAAUAUUAAAAUGGUGAAAUGUUUGUCGGAACUCAGAUCAAUAGCAAUGCCAGAAACCAAAGAAUUUUUAAAUUCUCAAAUACUACUUCAAUAUUCACUUUGUGUCGGACAUUUGAAUAUAUGGAAAUACCUAUUAAAAUGCAGUUCAAAAAUUGAUGCUUCAGGUAAUUCUAAGCUUCAUUUAGCAGUGCGAGAGGGUCAAGUGGAAACUGUUGAGGAGAUCAUAAAACAAGAAGCUUUGAAUUUUGAUAAAAACUCUAUUGCUAAUAGAUUAGCCGUUUACGUUGCAGUGGAAAAUGGAAAUGAAGAAAUUUUGAAAAUCCUUCUGAAUGCCGGUUAUUCUUUUGAAAUUUUCAAAAAUAGAAGUCCUCUCCACGUUGCUGCAACUUUCAAUCACACAAGACUAGUCGAGAUGCUAUUGAACGUCGGUGGUGAUUUAAAUUUAAAGACCGAUGAUGGAGAGACUUUGUUACAUUUCGCAGCAACUGCAGGACAACCAACAGUUGUCAAAUUUCUUCUUAAAGCUGGUAUUGAUAUUAAUGAUGCUACUAAAUCUAAAUGGAAAUCAGCAUUACAAUAUGCACUACAAAGAGGACCUGAGAAUGAAGAAUAUUGGACUCUUACCCCUUUUGAGUAUCAAACCACCUUGAACAUUGUGAAAAUGUUAAUUCCCAAGAUUGAAGAUCAUAAAAUCGACGAUUUGAAGAAAUAUUUAUUAUAUGUAAGUAAAAUUAGAGUUUCUGAAGAAAAGUCUAUAUCUAGUUCAAAGGUGCAUGAAGAAACGUUGAAUUGCGACCAAGUAGAUAAAGUAUUUGGGGAGAAUGCAAAGAAUCAUAAAUUUAGAAAUGAAAUCCUUUUGUGCUGUCUUAAUUACAUGAAUAAUACUGAAAUGAAAUUAGUUUCAGAAACAAUAUUGAAAAAGUCUAGUCUUCCUUCUGAUUUCAUUCACACUAUUUUUGAAUACAAUGAUUAUAAGUUGUGCUUGAAUGGUAUUUUUUACUUGAAUAGAAUAGAUUAUAGAAGUUAUUUAAUUAUACUGUGUCACUCAAGUAGGUAUUCCGACGCGACGAAUUCUAAAAUUAAAAACUUACUUUGUAAUGAUACAUUUAAAAACGAUUCUUUUGAUCGUUUACAAUUGUUCGCUGCACGUUUAGUUCUAAUAUCUGAUACUUUUUAUUCAAAUGAGGUACACUAUUUUUUUAUGUAUUUUCAACUAUUGGAUUGGCGUAACGAAUGUGAGCAACAAAUAAAAGAGAUGAAGAAAGCAGAAGUGGGCAGUGACUGGAAGAUAACUUUCUACGACGUUUUAACAAAACCAGUGAAUAAACUUGCAUUUUAUGUUAAAAAUGAUCAGUUCUUGCAAAUGAUAGAAUCAUCUUUUGAUCGAUUUCCAGCAUAUGCUGAAUUUUUAAAGUUAAAUGUCGAGAAGGGUAAACGAAAAAGAGACUUAAUUGAUGAUUGCAUGAAUUUUAUGCUUAAUCUGAUUCAGAGAAAUUAUAAAAUUCACUUUACAACAACAGACAUCCUUAAGAUUUUUGAAUAUUUUUCAUCAGCUGAUCUGCAUCGUUUAUUAGCAGCAUUUUCGUAAUUAUGUCUCAACUGUUAAAAACACAGUUUUUUUUCAUGUACUUACGUAUGUUCUUCCACUUUCGAAGAAAUUUAGUUUUUAAUACUAAGUUACUUAAUUUUUUCAUUUUCACUAAUUUUAAUCUUACACUGUGUAAAUGUUAUGUAAUGUUAACAAAUGCAUUUAACAAUCGAUAACUCAUACUUCUACUUAUUGUUCAUGGUAUUAAUAAAAAACUAAGAUUCGAAUAAAAUAAUACAUCAAACAACAAUAACAUUCUUCAAUUUUUCUGGAAUCUGUUAGUAAUCAAAGCCAAAAAGUGAAGACAAACGUUAUUUACACAGACAUGACAGAAUUGCAAAAAAAAGUUCUUAUUUUGUUUAAUUAAAAUUUGUUUGUAAGCUUAAUCCCA